AUGUAAGAACAAUUAAAUUUAAGAUGUGAGGGGUAUAAUAUUUAAUUCAUUUCUAUGGAUAAUGAAAAUCUUAUCAGAUACAAAGCUAAAUUAUAAAAUGAAUAUUUAGCUAAUGACAUAAUGAUAACAGGAAAAUAUUUUAGAGAGGUUGUCUAAUAAAUCGAUGAUUAAACCUUUGUUGUGAAACAUCCUAAGGGGUAGACGCUAGAAUAAUUUAUUCAAGCGAGUAACUGGAUUCCAGAAAAUAUUGUUGAGACUAUCUUGAUUUAAAUUCUUGAAGGAUUAGCUAUGCUAUACUGUAAUCGUAUCCUAGGGAGAUGUUUUAGUAUUGACAACAUAAUAUGGGAUGGAACUAAUAUUACUAUGAUGAAUUUUGGAUUAUAUCCUGAAAUUAGUGAAACGCUAAUCAAUUAUAAUCAUAAUUUGGAUNCAUUUUUAUAUUCAAUAACAAUAGGACUGUUAGCAAACAAUUAAAAUUUAGCAGUAGAAAUUGACUUUUCAAUGAUAUUUCAUCUUUUUGAAUUUAACAUUUCACAUUUAAUUAGAAUAUUUCAUUAAAAAAUGUCAAUAAAAGCAUAAAGUGAGGGAUUUUAAAUUAUUAGAGAAUUUUGA